AUGAGUGGAAGAAAUAAUGGGUUUGAUUGGGUGAAGGGUAAAAUUGUUGGAAGUGGAUCUUUUGGCAGUGUUCAUCUAGCCAUGGAUAAAUCAACCGGUGGACUUUUCGUAGCGAAAACAGCGCAUUCCAAUGCAGAACAUGAUGCUCUCCAGAACGAGGUGAAUAUUCUAAAUACAUUAAAGAAUUCAUCACCAUCAUCAUCAUCGUUGCCAUCGCCCUAUGUUAUUCAAUGUUUAGGGACAGAGUAUGAUCACCAAGAUGAUAAGCUGCAUGUUUUCAUGGAGUAUAUGGCUGGAGGUAGUUUGGCUGACGCGUUACACAAGUUUGGUGGUUCAUUCGAUGAACAUGUUGUUCGUUUGUAUACUAGACAGAUUUUGCUUGGGUUAUAUCAUCUUCACCAAAAUGAAAUUGUGCAUUGUGACCUCAAAUGCAAAAAUGUGCUUUUGGCCUCGUCUGGGACAGUUAAGAUCGCAGAUUUCGGAUGUGCAAAAAGGAUCAGCAAGGACUCGCACAUGAACAACGGGGGAACUCCUCUAUGGAUGGCUCCUGAAGUUAUAUUAUCGAGGAAUGCUAAAGAUGAGAGGGUUGUUGAUUUUGCAGCAGCAGAUAUAUGGUCUUUGGGAUGUACUGUUAUUGAAAUGGCCACCGGUAGGCCUCCUUGGGUUCAUGAUGACCUUGUUUCUAUUUCAAAUCCGAUGUCUGCUAUGUUUAAGAUUGCCUGUGGUGAUGGGUUACCUCAAUUUCCAAGUCAUUUCUCUCAUGAAGGUUCCGAUUUCUUGAGAAAAUGUUUGGUGAGAGAUCCCAAUAAGAGAUCUACUGCUAAGGAAUUACUUAACCAUCCAUUCCUUGUUGCAAAUACUUUAACUUAUCACAAACACUACUCUAAUUCCUCACCAGCAGCUGUCUUGGAUGUUCAUCAAUUCGAGGAUGAUUAUGAUGAUGAUGAUGAUGAAUUGCCAAGUCCAGCAGGGGGGAUUAAAUUCUCCUUCGGAAAUGACUUUGUGUGCCAACAAGGAAAAACAAUAUGGCAACAGGAAGACAGUGCAUCAGGGAAUCAUUGGAUCACUAUUAGAUCAAGGUGA